AUGGAAACAGCUAAAAAGCUUAAGUUGAAAUCAUCAAGAUUCUUUGAAAAAGAAAUGAGCUCCAAAGCAUAGGAGUUGAUUGAAGAAAUAAAAUUAAAAGAUAGAAGUCACUUAAGAUUGAGAGAAUGGCAUCAGAGAAACCAUUAUGAAAAAAGUCUAAAGGAAUUGAGAAAAUAAUAUGAAAAGUAAUGAAAAUUUAAUUUAGAUAUUUUACAAUAGCAAAAGUGGAUGGUCGCACAUUUACAGCAGAACAAUUUGUUAAAUAAUUCGAGAUUCCAGAUAUUCCUUGUAUAAUAACUAACACAACAGAAGAUUGGAAUGUAGAGAAAUAUUGGACUUUUGAGAAAUUAUAUUAACUUUACAAAGAGACUUAAUUUAAAAUUGGUGAAGAUGAUAAAGGGAAAAAAUUAAGAUUGCCAUUCAAAUAUUUUCUUGAAUAUUUAGUGUACAAUAAAGAUGAUUCUCCUCUUUACUUAUUUGAAAGGUAUAAGAAAUAAUAAUUUCGUUAUUAGUUCGGUAGAAGAUAUGAAGGAUGGAGGGGCUGAAAUGAUAGGAAGAUAUAAAAAACAUAAAUAUUUUUAAGAAGACUUCUUUGCUAUGGUAGGAGAGAAACAUCGUCCUCCAUAUAGAUGGUUUUUGGUUGGGUAAAUUAAAAUAUAAAUAAUAGACCAAAACGAUCUGGAACAGCUGUUCACAUAGAUCCUUUGAUGACAAGUGCAUGGAACACAUCACUCUAAGGACAUAAAUUAUGGGUUUUAUUUCCUCCUGAUAUACCAAAAUGUGUAGUAAAAGCUAAGGGACUUGCAGCAAAAAAAGAAAUUGAUCCUGAAGUUUUGGAUGAAUCCAUAGAUUACUUUUUCUAUGCACUUCCAAAAUUAAUUUAAAAAGAAGGAGCUGAUAAUUUAAAGAUUGUAAUGUGUGUAUAAGGUCCUGGAGAUACAAUCUUUGUACCUGGAGGCUGGUGGCAUGCGGUUUUAAAUCUAGAUAACUCAAUUGCCUUAACCCAGAAUUUCAUGUCAAUAAACAAUUUUGAUAAAAUUUGGAGGUAAUUAUCAAUUAUUACUUUAAGAUCUGUCAGAAAAGAAAGGCCAAAGUUUAGUCAAAGACUAUUGGAAUCAUUUAAGGAGUUAAGGUCCGAUUUGUAUGAAAGAGCACUUAAAUUAGAUGAUAUUGACAAGAACGAAUUUAGAGUGCUAAAAGAUGCCAAUCCAUUGAGUUCCGAGGAUUCAUCUGGUAGUUCAUCAUCCAGUAGUUCUAGUAGCUCGUCUAGUAGUUCCAGUUCCGAUGAUGAUGAUGAUUGA